AUGGCAACAGACUAUCUGUUUUGGACCAACAUGAUAUUUUUAGUCAUUGGUUUAUCACUAAAUGCUUUUGGAAUAUACUGUCUUGUGAAAUACCAACAAUGCAGUAACAAACAUAACGUCUUGCUGAUCAAUCUGAGCCUGAUUGAAAUCAUCAAAUGUACUAUCUAUCUUCUAUAUUUACCUAUCAUAUCCGUUGAUAUGUCGGUUAACGUUUUAUUCCAUGUCAUUGUCCAGUUUUUAUUAGAGAUGACCAGCAUAGCAUUUGGAUUGACAUUAGUAUUCAUACUUGCAGACCGCUUUUUAUGUGUUUUCUUGCAUAUUAAGUACAAGCAAAAAGUUACUAUGUUUCGCUUAAAAGUAGCAUGUCUUUUAUGUUGGUUUGUUGGUAUUUUAGCCACUUCGCCAAUACUGAUUCUGCAUACGUACUUGAAAGUAAUUUUGAACGUUUACCAUCUAAAAGUAAGCCCUGUUAUUAGCAUCUUUCUUUUAUUGCUAACGAUUUGUGUUUAUACAUACAUAACCUACAAAAUAAAACUGAGCAGGCAAUGUUUCCAUGUACCACAAUCGCACAAGGAACAACGAAUGAUUAACAAAAAACAAUUUAUCAUACCCUGUAUUAUAAUUAUGUCGUUUAUUCUGUGUGUUGGCGUUCCUAAUAUGUUGCACUUUGUUUCAAAUUCGUACGCCACAGAGCAUGCAGACGUUAUUAACAAAAUUGGUGAACUGUUGUGGAUAAUAAACUUUACAUCGGAUCCAGUUGUUUAUAUAUUCCUAAAUAAGAACAUCAGAAGGAUUGCUUUAGGGUUGGUUUGUAAAUAA